AAAGGGACAGGGAGGUCAGAGGCCGUGCUACGGUGCAAGGGCCGGAGCCAACCGGUGGUCGUGUGCGCCCCCUGGCCGCUGCCGCCUUUUCCUCCGCUCUCUUUGCGUUCGCAUGCUUUGGCUAGCUAUCAGCCGGAGCACUCCACUGUCCACUCCACUCCAGUGAGUGGCUUUUUAGCCGCUUCUCCUUUGCGCUUUGCAGGCCUGAUCCGAGAAAGAGCCUUCAUUACCUCUCCUCCUUCUGGACCUCUCUUCGUCUCCGAUCCUCACGUUUUUAUUCCCGCUUGAUCAAUUUCCAGCCCCACACCUCGCCGUGCCAAGAUUUAGUACAGCACAUUUUCCCAAUUCGCGUGCGCUCCGGCCUGGUGUGUGCUAGGGUCUGGUUGAGAACUAGCCAUGCAUGCAUAUGCAUGCACCAUCUUAGCUAGUUAGUUGUGCUUUGUUGCACCAUUAUUAUAUAGCAAGUGCUCUUGAUCAGAGCAAACUAGCUACUCAAUCGUACACUGAUAGCUGGUUUGGAAAGAGGAAGCUAGCCUGUUUUGUAUGCGCGUCAAUUCUGUGGGAAUGACUAUAUGUCUCCGUCGCUCUCGUUCCUCUGUAUUUGCACUAGUCCAGAUGCUAAAUUGCAAGAAAACAAGAAAGCACAAUAGAUGUAGGUAGCAUUUCUUUACAGGCCUCUGGCUCUGCAUUGUGCUUGAGUUGUGUGCAUUGCAUUUCAUGAGGGCUUUAUGAUCAAUCGGGAUGAGUAGGGAAUCAUUAACAGUUGCUGCUAACUAGCCUAUGAGCUAUUUUGUCUUAAACAAUAUACUGUGUUGAUGUGAUAUAGUAUAUCGAUAUAGACACAUUUCAGCUUUUUUCAUUUCACUCCUCCCAAGUCCCAGUUAAGUUAGACCAGAUCGACCACAUCCUGCUGCCGCUAUAAUUCGCUGCUGACUAUAGCCCACAUGCCCUCUCAUUCCACACUCCAACAGUCGACAGUAUCAUUCACAGGCCUGUAACUUUCCCACGUUUGUCUGAACCCUCCCUGCAUGCUGCCCCUUGCAUGCUCAGGCUUUGCCCCACGAGUACUAGUAUAUCAUCAUACGAUAAACUGGAGUGCAGAACCCCCAACAUGGCUCGAUUAAAUUUUACCAAAGCACUGAAACCCAUACACUCACUCUCACAUAGGAAUACUAUACUAUACUUCAGUCUGUAUGCUACUCAUUCAGUACCGAUCCACACCCACCAACUGUCAACACCACUGUUCCCUUCUGCUGCAACUUGAACCUCCCCUAUCUGCAGGAACCUUUGCAGUAGGAGUAUAAAGAAAUGCAGGCUUGCAUAGCAUCGAAUGAUUCACGCGAGCACCUGCAUGCUUCUUUGUUUACUACUAGUGCCAGUACUACUAGUACUCGCGAGCUAUAUCAUUCGUAGGCCGAUCGAGGAGUUGCUGAAUUUUAUGCACAUCCAACCUAUGCGCGCAGGUAGUGGUGGUGGUGUUGAUCAUAUGGACUCCAUGGAAUCAUGCGUCCCUCCUGGGUUCAGGUUCCACCCCACCGACGAGGAGCUCGUCGGCUACUACCUCCGCAAGAAGGUGGCCUCCCAGAAGAUCGACCUCGACGUCAUCCGCGACAUUGAUCUCUACCGCAUCGAGCCAUGGGAUCUCACAGAGCACUGUGGCAUCGGGUACGAGGAGCAGAACGAGUGGUACUUCUUCAGCUUCAAAGACCGCAAGUACCCGACGGGGACGAGGACGAACAGGGCGACCAUGGCAGGGUUCUGGAAGGCGACGGGGAGGGACAAGGCGGUGCACGAGAGGAGCAGGCUCAUCGGCAUGAGAAAGACCCUCGUCUUCUACAAGGGCAGGGCGCCCAACGGACAGAAGACAGACUGGAUCAUGCACGAGUACCGCCUCGAGACUGACGAGAACGCGCCACCGCAGGAAGAAGGAUGGGUGGUGUGCAGGGCGUUCAAGAAGAGGACGGCGUACCCGAACCGGGGCAUGAUGGAGAGAUGGGGCUCAAACUACUCCUACAACGAGGUCAAUGCCAUGUCCGGCGCGCCGUUCCCGGACCCGAACAUGGCGUCGACGUACGCGGCAGCGGCGCAGAUGGGCAGGGGCGCGAGCUUCAAGGAGGAGGCGGAGCAGCUGGACGGGGCCGCCGCCCUGCUGCGAUACACCUCCAGCCACCUAGUCGAGCUGCCGCAGCUCGAGAGCCCGUCCGCUCCGCUCCCGCGUAAGAAGGCCAGGGCGCCCGAGGAGGAGGAGGACGCCGCCUCCGGUGGCAGCAGGCGUCGACCUCGCAAGCACGCGCAGGCCGACAAUGAGACCACCAAGGACUGGAGGGCGCUGGACAAAUUCGUGGCGUCGCAGCUCAGCCCCGGCGGCGAGUGCGGUGCUCUGGAGGCAACGGCAGCGACCACGGCGGGUGCGGCAGCUGGCGCGAGCUCGCAGAUGCAAGCGCAGCUGGACCGCGACGAGGACGAUAUGGCCGCAUUGCUGUUCCUCAACAGCGACGGGAGGGAUGAGAUGGAGAGGUGGACGGGGUUGCUCGGCUCGGCCGGGGCCAGCGUCGACGGUGACCUCGGGAUCUGCGUGUUUGAUAAAUGAUGAAGAAAGGGCCGUGUCGAUCGUGCGGGAUGCGUGGAUUAUCCUUGAUAUAGCUGAAAGUUCAUAAUUUGUUGUCUCUUUUCUUCUCUGCUUCUUCUUUUAUAUAUGUCCCCAAAUGUGAUGUUGUAACUUUAUAUAUCUGUGCCUGUGCAGAGUCAUAAGAUGCAUGGCAUCGCUAUGUGCUUGAUAUCCGCAUUCAUGUUUUUCAGAUGAUGGGUAACUUGUCUCAUUGUCAAAUGGCUUCAUCCCCGAAGUUGGGUGGUACA